UGGGAAAUGGGCAGGCUCUGAGCGUCUCUGAGGAAUGCAUUUCGCGCCAAAAUUCAAAAUCUCGUGCCGCUGGUCCAUAGUGUGACGUCAUAUAGCCAGAGACAUGACGAGUCUCGUUACCUGCCACGCGCACAAAUUCCACAGGUAAGAUAACCUAUCGGCUAUCGGUGUUUCGACAUCCCUUUCAUUUCUCCGUUAUGGAGAGAGGGAUGUAAUUGUGAAUGUAAAUAAUUAGAGAACAUUAUUUCGAAAGCACCUUUGCCCAAUCAAAUGUAAACUACCUAUCACAUGGAAGGUGGGCGUAGGCGGGUUUGGGUAGGGUUAAGUCGGCGUAUCGUGCAGGUUGAAAUGUCACGUAUUCAAACGCCUGUCACUCGUAUCAUUUGUCACACGUAGACUUUCACCUAAUAUAAUACUUGAGACUUUUACCGGCCCAGGUUGUCUAUAAUUAACGAAUGAAUAUUGAAGAUAGUACACAGCUGUGUGCAGUAAAAUAAAUCAAGGCUCAAAAUCAAUCGCGAUGGCAACGGACGUUGAAAAAUUAUUAUCAAAAUUGCGGGAGUUUAAUCAAGACCAUCUGUUACAAUUUUGGGAUGAAAUUAGUGAUGAUCAAAAAUUACUACUCAUUCGGGAUAUUGAGGAACAAAAUCUGAAAGAGAUUUCAUCCUACUUCAAAAGUGCCGUUGCAUCUUUGAGCAACGAUCAAGUAAAAUUAGAUGCCAAACUACUUCCGAUACCCAGUGAAGUGAGUGCCUCACUGCAGAACUCCACACCUGCGGAAAUUCAAAAAUAUCAAGAUUUGGGUCUCAGAGAAAUAGCUGAGGGACGUACGGCUGUACUCUUGAUGGCAGGAGGGCAGGGAACCCGUCUGGGUGUGAGUUAUCCUAAGGGAAUGUACAACGUAGGUCUACCAUCUGGUAAGAGUUUGUUUCAAUUACAAGCGGAACGGAUACGUCGGUUAGAAAGUUUGGCUGAGCAAAGACAUGAGAAAAAAGGUUCGAUAACUUGGUACAUACUGACCAGCGAGGCAACAACAAAAACCACCAGAGAUUACUUCAAAGCAAACAAUUAUUUCGGCCUGAAAGAAGAGAAUGUCCUAAUGUUUGAGCAGGGUAUGCUGCCUUGCUUUAAUUUUGAUGGCAAGAUAAUCUUGGACGAAAAACAUCGGCUUGCCAGAGCGCCAGAUGGAAAUGGGGGACUGUACAGAGCCUUGAAAGUACAGGGAAUCCUGCAAGACAUGGAUAAGCGGCGCAUACGUUCUGUUCACGCGCAUUCCGUAGAUAAUAUUUUAGUCAAGGUAGCAGAUCCCGUCUUCAUUGGUUACUGCCUGUCACGUUCAGCAGACUGCGGAGCUAAGGUUGUUGAAAAGUCAUCCCCAACUGAGGCAGUGGGAGUCGUUUGCCAGGUGGAUGGUGUCUACCAAGUAGUUGAGUACAGCGAAAUAACAGAGGAGACUGCGUCACUACGCGAUGGGAAUGGGCGUCUUAAGUUCAUUGCUGGAAAUAUAUGCAAUCAUUAUUUUACCAAGGAUUUCCUUCAAUCGAUAGCAGACGUGCAUGAGUUUGAGCUAAAGCUUCAUGUUGCCAAAAAGAAGAUUCCAUAUGUCGAUCAGUCUGGAGUAAGGAUUGUACCUGAGAAGCCGAAUGGUAUUAAGAUAGAAAAGUUUGUUUUCGAUGUUUUUCAAUUCUCUGAACAAUUUGCUGUUUGGGAAGUUGCUAGGGAUGAAGAAUUCAGUGCUUUAAAGAACAAUGAUUCAGCCAAGAAGGAUUGUCCCUCUACAGCACACAAUGAUCUCAUUAAAUUACACAAGAAGUGGUUGUUGAACAGUGGAGCUGCCUUAGUAGAAGGAGAUGUUGAGAUAUCUCCGCUUUUAUCUUAUGCCGGUGAAAACCUUGAUGUGAAAGGAAAAAUUCUCAAGGGGCCAGUUGUUUUACAGUAAAGAAUGAAUAAUACAACUUCGCAAUAUUUUGUACGUUUAAACAGCGUACUUAAAUUCCUGUAUGGUAUCGAAAAAAUUAUACUUGACUUGUAAUUUGAUGACUUGAUGGCGGAAAACUAUAUUCAAAUGUUCAAAAUACUGUUCACAAGUCAACGGGCCUUUGGUCUUCUAAAGACCUGCAAUAUUUGUAAAUGGCAAUACUGAAUUGAUAUAUUUUCGACAUUGUUAAUUGAUCGGUAUUAACGCAAUUCGUCUCACAUUCCAACAUUAUUGGAAUAUUUUAUUUUGUUUUAUUAAAAAAAAUUUGGUAUAGGGUUCUCGUAAUAUUACUAUUUUAUAGAUAAAAACUAUACUUUACACAUUUACGUUACCUAAAUGUCAUGACAAAAACUUCAUUGCAACUGUCGCCAGAUUCAAUGUAUUAUUUUUUAUUUAUUUUAAGCCUCCACUCAUUUUUAAUUGACAAACAAAAUUUAAGUAAUGCUAAUUUGCACAUUGUGGCUCACUACCAAUCCCUCAUCUUCACGUUCACAAUGGCAAACAGUUUUGAAGUUAUCUUUGGCAAACAAAUUUUAUCUACCUCUUAGAAAGU